GCCUUAAUUAAUUGUCACAGAUAUAUAAACAAUCCAUAAUUUCAGAAAGUCUUCUGAUAGCACUAAUGGCUUUGCUUAUAAAAGUUAGUCUGUUACUACCAAACUGGGAAUAAGUGUGACUGUGACUUUGGAUCAGCGACCAGGCGCCUGGAGUGACUGCGAUAGAGUCUGUUCUUCAUCCAGUAUUUAUUUGCAGUGCAGGGGCUUCCGGGCUCCCUCCCCCCUCCUCCCAUCCCCUGAGUCAGCGAUACAAUGCCAGGUACAGACAAAUGUGAUUAUAGAACGCGAAAGGGGGGACUGCAUGCGUAGUAAGUGUCAGGCAAGGAGAAGGGGAAGCAAAUGAGAGCCAAAAUCUAUUUAUCCUUUACAAAUCGGGUUUAAGAUAUGAAUCCUCAGCUGAGAUAAUCAAAUGUUUUCAUUCAUCUUUUAUCAUCAUCUUGUACAAUAAACGGUGGCCAAUAAAUGUUUUUUUUUUCUUUUAGCAGCCCAUUUAAAACAAUAGCUUAGCAGUGUCCCAUGAGGGAUAUCACAUGUCACUGUCACUGGUGUAGCUCUUCCCGCUCAUAAAAUACACCCCUUUUGUAUUAGCAUAAUCAAUGGUCUAAGCAGAAGACGAGGUGGACGAGUGAGUGAGUGAAUGAAAGAGAGAGAGAGAGCGAGAGAGAGAGAAAGAGGGAAAGAGAGUGGGAGUGGGAGAGCGAGGAAGAGAGAGAGCGAGAGGCUGGGACCGUCUGCCUUGCUCGCCUUUGAUUCGUUGCCAUCCUGCCUAAUUGGAUCAAGUGCAGACUUGCCAAGCUCCACGCUUUGUGUUCAGAGUGCAGAGCGGUAACAGCCAGAGAGGUGAGCGUGGACAUACCAGAGAGAGAUAGAGAACCGGAGGGGGGUUUGGAAGGUAGGGAAAAGAAAAAAGAAUGCCAGUGGGUGCAUGAGAGAAAAAAAGUGUGUGAGAGAGAGAGAGAAAAAAGAAAGAGUGGAUAAAGAAGACAACUGAGAACAAGAGAAGAAAAGAAGAAAGCAGCAGUGUUUGUUUAAGGGACAGGGCGAGAAAAGGAAGAGGAGGGGUAGAAGCGAGGGAAGGGGUGUGUGUAAUCCUCACUUGCCCAUCCUUCCGCGUUGUGUUGCGAGGCGUUAGCGAUCGGCUCCUGCUCUUGACUGCCGGCUUUCAGGAGUGGACAGGCACCUGCUGCUCCUGGAUGAUUCAGCCUCUCUCAGCCACUGGAGCAUGACAGCAUGGCUCUCCCGUUGGCCAAGCCCCAGCCCCUGCAGCAAUUCCAGCCUCCUCCUCCUCCUACUGCCCUGCCCUCAGGUACACACUGCCUUACUGCUGGAGUUCUCUGAGCCACGCCGCAACGGAGUCUCCUGAGGGUGGGAUCACCUCUGGGCCGCCCCGUUCUGUUUCUGCCUCCAGAGACAGUUAUUUAUAGACUUUUCUGUUGUUCCGUGUUCUCCUCUUCUCAGCUGUACUGAGAGGGAGGAUGCCUUGAGAAGUCGUCUUUCUGGGAGGGAAGACGGAACCGCUUCCUAGAUGCUAACGAGGUUAUUCUGCCAGUACCGAAGACCAUCUCUGCUUUCUUGCUCCCUUCCCCCUCAGUGAUCUGAUAAUGGACAACACACUUUACGAGCCACAAUGCAUGAUGCUGAGAAGGCUGCUGCUCUUGCUGCCUAUGUAAUACUCUGAUCUAGAAGCCAGGCAUCCGGAGACAUUCUCCUUUACCAGACAAGAAGUUGAGCCAGAAAGUAAGGACCGAAGGCAAAGACAAGGAUAGGGGAUGGAGUCGGAAGGAGUGGAGGAUUCCUCAGUUGGACUCUGCAAGCAUCCAGGAUCCAAAUCCCCCUUGGGCCAGUCUUCCGAAGGUCAACUCGACGCCUGCCCUCAGGAGUCACCUGAGGAAGAGACACCUGAAGAAGAGGAGGAAGUGGUCGUGGAAAGUGAAGAAGAGCGCAGACCGCUGCGAUGCCUGGGCUUGGCAGCUGCUUCCUGUUGCGUGUGUUUGGAGUUGGACCAGGUACGCAACUGUGUGCGCUCUGAGAAAAUUUGUAUUCUGCCCAUUUUGGCCUGCUUGUUGAGUCUAGCGCUCUGUACAGCUGGCCUCAAGUGGGUCUUUGUGGACAAGAUCUUUGAAUAUGAGCCCCCCACUCACCUGGAUCCCAAGCGUAUAGGCCAGGACCCUAUCAUCAUUGAUGCAGAUCCUACACUGGGCAUACCUGUGUUGUUUUCACACUCCACCUCACCACCUACGCAUUCCCCACCUGCCACUGAUAAGCCCGGACAGCCUGAAGUGUUUGUAGAGGGAGAUUCCACGGCCGGCCCUUUUGCCCCUGCUUCACCCAAGGUGUCCCGAUUUACUCCCACCUCAGCAGUGACUAUCCACACAAACCCUGCCACUCAGCCUCUCCCCAGAGCUACCCCCAAACCCAGUAGGAACAGCACACCAGGUCAACGUCCCGGUCUGGAAUCUAACAACAUUAUUACUAAAGCAUCAGCCACCAGCACCACGCCCUCGGCCAAGACGUCCAGUCACGUGACUCCGUGCAGUGAGGAGGAGAGGACCUACUGUGUGAAUGGAGGAGAUUGCUUCACUCUGGAGGUCACGCCCAACAGCAUCAAGCGCCUAUGCAGGUGCCCAUCUGACUUUACUGGUGAUCGCUGCCAAACCUACGUAACGCCCAGCUUCUACAAACAUCAUGGGAUUGAAUUUAUGGAAGCUGAGGAGCUGUAUCAGAAACGUGUAUUAACAAUAACCGGCAUCUGCAUUGCUCUCCUAGUUGUUGGCAUCAUGUGUGUGGUGGCCUACUGCAAAACAAAGAAGCAGAGGAAAAAGCUGCAUGAUCGCUUGAGGCAGAGUUUACGAGAACGCAACACCAUGGCCAGCAUGGCCAACGGCCCCAUGUACCCCCAAGACCACCACCCACCACCGGAGAACCUGCAGCUCGUUAAUCAGUAUUCCUCCAAAAAUGCCGUCCCUGCUCAGCAUGUGAUCGAGAAGGAAACAGAAACGCUGUUUUCCACGAGCCAGUACACAUCGUCCACUCAGCCGUCCACUGCAGUCACACAGACCUCCAGCCAGUGCUGGAGUAAUGGAAAGACUGAUAGUGUGGUAUCGGACAGCCAUUCCGUCCUGGUGAUGUUAUCAGCUCAGAACAGCAGGAAUGGCACCCCCACACAUCGGGGGCGUCUGAAUGCCACCGGCGGAGCCAGAGAACUUUACCUGAAGAACUCAAGAGAAACAGUGGAUUCCUACAAGGACUCUCCAUACAGUGAGAGGUAUGUUUCAACCAUGACAACACCAACCCGCCUGUCACCUGUGAAACUGCUGUCCCCGGCAACGCCCUCCUCUCCUCCCUCUGAGAUGUCUGCGCCUCUCUCCAGCCUAGCAACCCCCAUCCCUUCGAUGGUGACCAGCCCUUCAGGUGAGGAGGAGCGCCCCCUGCUGUUCCUCACACCCCCGUGUCUCCGGGAGAAGGCAGAGCAGGAGUCCAGCCGGGCCCAGCAGCUCCGUAACUCUGCCCACUAUAACCACGGCCUGGAUUCCCCCAGCCCCCCGCCCAGCCCAUUGCACAUUACUGAAGAGGACCAGUACGAGAGCACACCGGAGAAUAACGGUCCAGCUGCCGUCCCCCCACCUGCCGCUGACCCCAACAGCCCCACGCCUGACCACGGCUCUCACAGAACAAAACCCACAGCCCAGGCCGACCAGCCCGAGCAGAAGCCGGCCAGUGGAGGCAGCUCCGAGGGCAACUGCCUGGAGAGCGAGACAGAGGACGAACGAGUGGGCGAGGACACGCCCUUCCUCAGCUUACAGAACCCUGCAGCCUCAGGCACGGGGACGCUCAGCCUGGACGGCUUGGACAGCAGCAGCAGGACUAACCCCGCCCUGAGGCUCUCCCCACAAGACGACUUACAGACCAGACUAGCCAACGUGAUGGCCAACCAAAAUCCUAUUGCUGUGUAAAAGUGGACAUACCAACCAACCAACGCUUAGAAAAAGAUUAAUAAUUUAAAAAAAAUUACAUCAGAUACUAAAAAAUUAUACAACAGAGUCAACUGUAAACCUUUAUUUUCUAAAAAGUAAGUAUUUGAGGAAACUAAGUAAAAAACUAUAACUUUUAUUUUAGUGACGUAGUGAAACAAAGUCUUUUAUAAAUUGCAAUGUGUAUAAAAUGUGUUUGCAUCAUGAAUGAAAGUGCCAUUCACCUAUGUAGCACUGGUCACAGUAUUUCAAGUGCGGAAAAAAAUAUCAAUGGUGCCUUUAAUUUCAGCAUGGAGAACUUAAGGAAACUGCAUUAUGACCCUGGGCCAUAUAUUCAUGAUUUAUAUCCAGCACUGACACACAUUACAGUUAGAGAACGGUAUGAAUUCUCAAACAAAAUGCUGAGCAAGCCACGCGGCAAAGUAUUCUUUCCAUAUGAAUUAAUAUAAUCAUAUAUAGUAAUAUAUACUAUUUAUUUAAAGAAAGGUUUGAAAGAAAAUACCUUGUUAUAAUGAAUAAUAUAAUAACAUUUAUCUUAAUAUUAUUAUUGCUAAAAUAUACAGCUUAAAAAGUGUGAAAAUAUGAAUGUAUCCAGUUCACUAAACCAGGCAGGACAUGUUUGGCUGCUAUUGCUGUUUUUUUUGUAGACUGUAUGAAUGACUGAAUAUAUGGCUCACUGUGUCAUUAACACAUCCAUUGGCUUUACAAGUAAUGCAUUGUGGGGAAAGUAUAGCACCAAUUUAUGACCUGGACUCCACAUUGUACAGUAAACGCCAGAAACCUUUUUUUAUAUAUAUAUAUAUAUUUUUAAUUUACAUAAACAUAUUUGUUUUCAAUAUCCAUUUAGAAUGUUACAAUAACUCAAAAGUGUUCAUUUGUGUUAUUUCCUUUAAGGCCAUACAAAUAUGAAUACUUAUUUAAUGGAUUUACUCAAUAUUUAAUUUUGUUCUGUUUUUAUUUAUUUUGGGGGGCUACCUAAAUGUUGCCAGGAAAACAGGUAACAGUGACAGAAACAAUAAAGAAUCAAAUCUUUAUUGUAAAUAUUUAGUUUAUUAGUUUUUGCAUAUUGAAUUGUUGAAGGAAAGAGCUCUGAAAUGCGACUUAAUUGAUUUUAAGAAACAUGUCCGUUAAACAAGUCUUUGAGUUUGCAUGGCCUUAUCCUGAUCUUUGUGUAUAUGUACAGAUAAUAUAAAGUUUUUUUUUUUUCUUGUACAGUAUUUUGUUACAUUGAAAUGAUAUAUUUGGGAUUUGGGCGAAUGAUGCAGAGUGCUUAUUAAUUUCAGCAGAUUAACACGCAAAGAAAAUGCAAUGUUGGAUCCAGAAAAUAAAUCUUGAAUCGUCUACGUAGCUUGCUGGACAGAUGCAAGAACGCAUUCUUUAAAAAGCAGAGACCCUCCUCAACAGCUCGACGCUCAGUGAUCAGCCCUGUGGUGCAAAAGGCCUUUUCUGGUUUCUCCCUGUGAUCAUCAAAAAUACCAUCGUCUAUCAUAAAAGGUGUGGCCCAUUGAUAUUUUGCAUUUUAUAGUAUUUAUUUUUGUCUAUUUAUUAUUUAUUUAUUUAUUUAUUAAUUACUUUGGCCUCCUAUAAUCUAUCUACUACAAUCUAUAUUUUAAUAAUGUCAAAUACAGAUAUUUAAAUAUAACGCAAAAUUCAGUACGUUUUAUGAUUUUUGUUUCACCUUUUUCACCGUUUCAUUAUAUUCCUACACAUUGUUUUGUCUGAGGCCUACUCUAUCAUUCAAACAUUAAAUAAAUUUACAACUGAUGAA